AUGCGCUCGAUCACUCAUGUGUCAAGGAGUCUUCUGAAGCUUCCUUUGUUCAAGGCACAAGGAAACUGUCACAUUUCGACGAUCUUUUCCAAGAAUCUACCAGAGAAGGUCACUUCGUGGAUUGACGGAGACUUUGCUUCAUUGCCCGAGCCGUCAUUGUCUGAGUUUUCCAACCUGUCACCAUCAACGGGACAAUCUCUUUGUAAAGUAAUUCCUCCGUCAUUUGAUCAAGCAGCAAAAGCGGUCGCCUCGUCCAAAUCAGCCUUUUCUGAAUGGUCGCAAACCAGCAGUGGAGAAAGAGGUCGGAUACUUUCUGAAAUGGCAAGUCUUCUGAAGACAAAUCAGGCGAAACUGGCAAAACUAGAGGCAUUGGACACCGGGAUACCAAUUUUGCAAAUUGAAGGCGGCCACAUACCAUACGCUGUACAAACGUUGGAGUAUUAUGCUGCCUUGGCCACAAAGGGGUUUGGAGGCAAGAUUUUAGAUGUGCCAGAAGCAGGAGGACAUGCCGAUUCCUUUGCCUAUACCCGAAGGGAACCCUUGGGAGUCUGUCUUGGAAUUGUAGGCUGGAACUAUCCAUUGGUUACCAUGACCUGGAAACUGUCACCAGCACUGGCGUGCGGCAAUACAUUUAUUUGCAAACCGAGUGAAUGUACACCUUUGACAUCGGUUGCGGUAGCGGAGUUGUGGAAAGAAGUACUGCCAUCUGGCGCCCUCCAAGUCUUGCUAGGGGACGGUACGAUAGGGCAAGAACUGAUCGAGCAUCCUGAUAUAUCCAAAGUAAGUCUGACGGGUUCCAAUCAAACGGGCAAGCAGGUUGCCAAAGCAUCGUCUGAAGGAUUCAAGCGAUUGACGUUGGAGUUGGGUGGCAAAUCAGCGUUACUAGUCUUUGAGGAUGCCGAUUUGAAAAGUGCCGUUCAGGUGGCAGUGGAAGGAAAUUUUGCCAACAAUGGUCAAGUUUGCUCCAACUGUACUCGUGUCUUUGUGCAACGAUCGAUACUGGAAAACUUUACGGAUCAAUUGGUUCAGCAGUUGAAGCAAUCCGUCAAGAUUGGAAACAACUCGAUUCAUGAACACAAUAUUGGGCCGCUGAUUAUGCCUCCAAAUAAUCCAACGGCGCAUUAUGAACGUGUCAUGAGUUAUGUCAACAGUGGUAUGAACGAUACAAAUGUCAAACUGGUCUACGGUGGCAAGGGAUACGAACAGGACGGAGGCUACUAUGUGGAGCCAACCGUCUUUUUGUGCCACAAUGACGAUGCAACCAUUACCAAGGAGGAAAUCUUUGGACCAGUGAUGACGAUUUUACCAUUUGACUCGGAAGAAGAAGCUGUGUCUCGGGCCAACGAGGGCACUGAGUUUGGAUUGGCAGCUGGUCUCAUGACUAAGGACGUUAUGCGAGCUCACCGAGUAGCCAAACGAUUGGAAGCAGGGACUGUGUGGGUCAACAACUGGAACUUGAGCCCAGUUGAAAUGCCAUUUGGGCCAUUUAAAAUGAGUGGAUACGGAAAAGAGCUGGGAGAAGAAGCAAUUGCUGAAUACUCGCGAGUCAAGACGGUGUACAUGGAAAUGGGUCCAGUCGAUCGCUCCUCUACCUUUUUCUAG